CAGUCCGGCCGGAAGAUGGUCAACGACCGGUGGAAGACCAUGGGCGGCGCUUCCCAACUUGAGGACCGGCCGCGUGACAAGCCGCAGCUCUCUUCCCGAGUCCGCAUGGCUGGCCCCCACGUGUGGGGCAGGGUGCGUCAUUAUUGCCUCAUUUUACAGUGGACCAGCUGCGGCUACGUGCUGUGCACAGUGCUGCUGUCCCUGGCUGUGCUGCUGGCUGUGGCUGUCACCGGUGCCGUGCUCUUCCUGAACCACACCCACGUGCCUGGCACGGCGGCCCCGCCUGUCGUCAGCACCGGGCCGGCAGGUGCCAACAGCGCCCUGGUCACCGUGGAGAGGGCUGACAGCUCACGCCUCAGCAUCCUCAUUGACCCGCGCUGCCCCGACCUCGCCGACGGCUUUGCCCGCCUGGAGGGCGCGCAGGCCUCCGUGCUGCAGGCGCUGGCCGAGCACCGGGCCGAACCGAGGCUGGCAGGCGAGCAGGAGCGGGAGCUGCUGGACACCCUGGCGGACCAGCUGCCCCGGCUGCUGGCCCGGGCCUCGGAGUUGCAGGCGGAGUGCGCAGGGCUGCGCAAGGGCCUCGGUGCCCUGGGCCAGGGGCUCGGCGCCCUGCAGAGUGAGCAGGGCCGCCUCAUCCAGCUUCUCUCCGAGAGUCAAGGCCACAUGGCUCACCUGAUGAACUCGGUCAGUGAUGUCCUCGAUGCCCUGCAGAGGGACCGGGGGGUUGGCCGGCCCCGCGUCAAAGCUGACCUCCAGAGGGCACCUGCCAGGGGAUUGCGGCCACGGGGCUGCACCAGUGGCUCUCCGCCGCGUGACUGUCUGGACGUGCUCCUGAGCGGACAGCAGGAGGAUGGCAUUUAUUCAGUCUUCCCCACGCACUACCCUGCGGGCUUCCAGGUCUACUGUGACAUGCGCACAGAUGGCGGGGGCUGGACGGUGUUUCAGCGCCGCGAAGACGGCUCCGUGAACUUCUUCCGAGGCUGGGAGGCGUACCGGGAUGGCUUCGGCAAGCUCACGGGGGAGCACUGGCUGGGGCUCAGGAGGCUCCACGCCCUGACCACGCAGGCCACCUACGAACUCCACAUUGACCUGGAAGACUUCGACAACAGCACGGCCUAUGCCCGCUACGGAAGCUUUGGCGUGGGCUUGUUCUCCGUGGACCCGGAGGAGGACGGGUACCCGCUCACCGUGGCUGACUACUCUGGCACCGCAGGGGACUCCCUCCUGAAGCACAGCGGCAUGAAGUUCACCACCAGGGACCGUGACAGCGACCACUCGGAGAACAACUGCGCCGCCUUCUACCGCGGGGCCUGGUGGUACCGCAACUGCCACACGUCCAACCUCAACGGGCAGUACCUGCGCGGCGCGCACGCCUCCUACGCCGACGGCAUUGAGUGGUCCUCCUGGACUGGCUGGCAGUACUCGCUCAAGUUCUCGGAGAUGAAGAUCCGGCCGGUCCGUGGGGACCGCUAGAUGGGCGCGCCGCCGCCCGCCGCCCGUCCCCUCCCUCGUCCCCCCCGCCGCUCCGCUGCACCUGCAUCUCCCCCCACGCCCGCCUGCCCUGGCAUCGGGGUGGGCUGCACGUCCGUCCCCUCUGCGCUGUCCCCGCCCCCCACUUCCCCUCUGCUGAGGUGGGGCAGGGCGCACUUGGCAACCCCACGUUCACCUGCUGGGACCUGGGCUCCUGGGCUAAGUGUCUUGUCUUCCCCUGGUCAGCGGUCCGCCAGGCACCCUGGCAGCCCCUCAACUUUGCCAGUACCAACACCUGGCGCUUUGGGGGUGCAGAGUAGGGGCAGGCAGCACCCCUGCAGCCCCUGUAGCAGACAGAGGCAGUGUUCGGAUCUUUCGGAGUCAGGUCCGAGGCCAGCCUCCUCUGGCCCUCCUGGCCGCCCCCCUUCUCUCCCCUCAGGACCGUGGGGAGUGGUGGUGCGGAGGGCUGCCCUACCCUACCGUUCCCCCAGGCCAGGCUGGGGCGCAGCAGCCUGUGGGACUCCUAGCCCAAGGGGGCCUGGGCCGUUCCCCGGGGCUUCCCCCGCCCCCUUCUGUCCACCCCUGUGCUCCUGCAGGCCUGGGAGAUCCUCAGUCCCCUUGGCUGCUGCUCCCAGCCUCCUGCCUUCCUAAGGCAGCCGGAGUGCCCCCCACCCCUGUCCGCUUCCCUGUGGGAGGCUGGGGCCCGUCCUACACCCUCUGGGCCUGGCCAGUGAGGACCUCUCUAUUUUCUGGGCCGUCAUGGGUCUUCUACCACCACCACCACCCCCACUGACCCCAGUUCCAGGGACUCCAGGGUCCUAGGGCCUCCUGCCAGCAGGCCUGCAAGGUGGAGGCUGGACGUGGGGGUCCUGCGGCCUCAGUGGGAGGCCGCCUCCUGCUGGUGAUUGUGGGUGCUGCCACCUCGGGUCAGGGGACAGGGACAGACUCCCUGGACAGACGUGGGGACCGAGGCACCACCAGACACUGGAAACAACCUUGCACUGAAUCCUCCGAUGCCCAGUGUUCUAUCGUUCUCCACCCCCCGCCCCCGACAGGAACUGCAGGUUCCCAAGGUCAGCGGCCCUUAACCCUGAUGGACGCGCUGGGACCCUGAUGCCCUGCGUCAGAUCCAAGCCCCGGGCUGUUUUACAAAGUUCCUACCUGCGGGGAUUUGCUGGGGCCCUUUGAGAGGCUCCACGAGGCCAGCCUGGGGAGCUGCCCAGGGGCGAGCAGCACAGUGAUCCCCUCGGGAAGGACAGAGGGCGUUUCCCUGCAGGACGCCCAAAGGUGGGUGAGCCAGGCAAACGGGAGUGUGGGGUUCAGCUCUCCCCUCCCCUCCACCAAAGCUGUGCUGCAGUCAUCAGUCAUCGAGAGCCACAGCCGGCCGGGGCAGCAGGGGGGCUCCCAGUGCCACCGACCCGCAGCGUGAGCUGGCCAGUCCCCGCAGCCGCACCGGUCACGGCUUUCCGCAAAGCUCUGCUGCCCUGUCGGCUCUCAGCUCUCGAAGCAGACGUGGCUGGGAAUUGGGCAGUGCAGCCCGUGUGACCAGGUCCUGGGGAGCAGCCCAGCUGCGGGGGGAGGGGAGAAGGGGGCAAUGGGGGGAGAUGACCGCAGGAGGGCUCCUUAGGACGAGAAGGGAAGCGCCCCCUUCCGGGCCUCUAGAGGGGAGGCAGGCACCUAGCUGCCGGGACCCCCAGCCACAGAGAGCCAGGUGGGACCCCGAGGCCUCGUCCCAGGGAGCCCCCUUCCCCACCAGCCCCAGGCUAGAGCCAGCUUCCCCCGCCAGCCUCCUGUGCCAGCCGCUGUUUGGAAAGUGUCAGGCGUUUUCUGAUCUGUCAUCAAACAAACUCCUGGUGAGUGUGAUGUUAAUGGAUUCACAGAUGUGCAUGUGUGUCGGGAAGCUCGGGCGCUCCUGCCAGGGCUUGGCCGUAGAACAGACGCGGCUCAGCUCAGGCCUGGGGGGGAACGGCUGAGGCUCCAAGGCCAGUGUACCCCGCCUCCUAGAGGGCACACCCUGAAGGCCGGUGUGGAGCACAGGGGGCCCUGCGCACCUGCUCUGAGCCAGGAGGGCUGCAGUGGGCAAGGCAGGCCCUGGCCGCGGCCUCUAGCAGCCCCCAGCGUGAGGCCAGUGUGAGUGGCUGUCACAUGCGUGGGAGUGACCACGGAAAGUGGGACCGUGGAAAGAAGAGGAUGCUAGAGCCGGUGGCAAGAGGUGGCUCUAGCAAGACCUGAGGGGUGGCGGGUGGGUGCAAAUGUCAGGCAGGACCCAUGCUCGCUGCACCCGAGCUCUGUCUGGAGGGGUCCGUGUGGAUGGUUUAACAGCAGGCGCCUGCCACCCCACUGUCACCUGUGACCUGACCCGAUCUCCUUCCCUUUCCUUCUCUGAUGAGGAGUGCCAGCCAAGCAGAAGACGGGGUCUCUACACGGGGACCUUGGCCAGUGCAUGUGGCCCCACAAGCUUCUGAGUGUUCCUUUCCACCAGCACUGGUGGGUGAUGCGGAGCCAGCCAGUGGCCUCACUCACCCCACGGCACCCCCCAGACUUUGGACACGCCUCAGAGUUAACCCGGGGGCCACCUGGUGGGUCACCUGAGCUCGCUGCGCCCAGAGGACGGAUGGUUCCUGGGCUUCCACCCUGAUGGCCUCGGCACGGUCCGCAGGAGAGACUGCGUGUGAGCAGUUCCCAAAUUGCAUCGUCCCCCCACCGCAGACGCACGUAAAUCCAUUUGAUAAUGUGUGUCUUGGGGCAGAAGCAACGUCGCAGGCCGGCCCCUUCCUUGUCCCCUGCUCCCACGUCAGCCACCCUCGCGCAUGCGGGCCUCUGGCUGGGGCCGGAACUGCCAGGACACCGGGAGGGGAGGGGCUGUGUCUGCCGACGUGGGGGGCCGGGCUGGAGGUCCCAGCUAGGCCAGGGGUCAGCCACGGAUCUCUGUCCCGUGCAGCUGGAGGAGCACCAUGCCCGCAGGAGACGUCCUCACCUAGAACAAGGGCACUAGGCUCUGGUCCAAGUGGCUGGGGCCUCAGUUUCUUCACCUGCUUGCGGGGAGAGAGCUGUCCCCAGGCCCUGAGCGGGCCCGGCCGCCAGCAGGACUCAGCAAACCCUGACGGCUGAGGUUGGCCGUGGUGGGGCCGCGUGGAGACGGAGUGGGCGGGGCUUGGUGUCCGGCUGUGCCGACAGGUGUGCACACGAGGCCGGCGGCGUGUGUGCGGGGUCACUGCCCGCGGAUGGAGCACGGGACGGGACAGAAGCUGGGUGGGGCUGUGCACAGUGGGGGUCGUGUGUGUUCCUGUGUCUAAUAAAGUCUCGUGACCAGC